AUGUUAUCGUGGGGAUGGCCAACCCGCAGGUGGCAGAGAGUUCACCUGGAUUUUGCCUACUUCAAGAACGACUGGUUUUUAGUGCUUGUCGAUGCGCACUCCAAGUGGGUGGAUGUUCUGCACAUGAAGUCCACUACAGCACAGGCAACAGUUGAAAAACUCCGCACUGUUUUUGCUGCAUUUUGGCUUCCCGAGAGAAUUGUGACUGACAAUGGGCCGCAUUUUGUGUCUGCUGAAUUCACAAAUUUUCUCAACUCCAAUGCAGUGCAGCACACCAAGACACCACCUUACCACCCAGCUUCAAAUGGCGCGGCGGAGAGGCUUGUCCAGACCGUCAAGCGAAGCUUCAUCAAACAGCUACGGGACGAGCAGAACACGGGAGUGACUCGGACGAUGCAACAUCGGGUAGACCAGUUCCUGUUCACCUACCGAAACACACCAUGUUCGACGACCGGUAAGACGCCAGCCGAACUGUUUCUCUCAUGGAAGCCACACACGAGGCUGAGCAUCUUGCAUCCGGAGCUAGCGAAACGUGCCGAAGCAAAUAUAGCUCGAAGACAGGGUCAGGAAACCCAUACUUCAUGGAGGGAGUUCGAGGUUGGCGACAACGUUCGUGUGCGAGGAAACCGACCGAGUGAUCCACGUUGGUUGGAAGGAACAGUUUUGCGACGAGUUAACAAAGGAACAUACAUAGUCCGAAUCGAAGACCACGAGCGCUUUCUGCAUGCGGACGAUAUUGUUCCUAACACAUGCCUUGCUCCUCUUCCCAGAAGCGUGUGGAUUCCUGAGCAAACCCGCAUGGCACAGCCGGGUUCCACUCCGUCACAAAGCGACAGCGACACCGCAUCGCCGCCGGACGGGCCUGCACCAGAGCAACGACUUCUGCCACCUGACCGAGCCAGCGUGACGGAACUGCCAUCACAGCAGGCGCCUGACGCCAGCUCCCAAGAAAACGUCGCGCCACCUGAACUGCGACGAAGCACAAGAAUUCGAAAGCCUCCCGAACGUUUUGGCUAUGCUGCUAAAUAA